AUGGCGUACGUUAAGAAGGAUCAGGCUCCCGCGCAGGAGACGCAGCGUGUGCUUGUGAAGAUGACGAGCCGCAACGCAAAGGCGGUGGAGAAUGUGAUGACGGAGCUGCUCCUGCACGCUCGCAACGAGAAGGUGGUGCUGCGUGGCCCUGUGCGCCUCCCGACCCGCACGCUGAAAGUCACCACCCGCAAAACGCCGUGCGGUAACGGCACCAACACGUGGGACACUUACGAGCUGAAGAUCUACAAGCGUCUUGUAGAGCUCCGCGCGCCGACGGAGCUUGUGAAGAAGAUUACAUCCUUCCCUAUUGACGCUGGCGUGGACGUCGCCAUCACAAUUCCACACGACCAGUAG